AUGCCGUUUGGAGGGCUGGCUGGUCUGAAGGAGCGCUUCCUCAAACCCGGGGCGGAGGAGGUGAAGUGCACCAUGGGAGACUCCCUGGGGACCCUGCAGAAUUCCAGUGCAUCUCUGCUGAAGGAGGCUGAGUUCAUGCAGCAGGGUGGGAGCCUGUAUGUGGUGCGUGUUUUUGGGGUGUACCGGGGUGUUCCCCCCGGCAGGGGGCACUCGAGCCAGAUGGGCCUGGUGAUGGAGCUGAUGGAGAGGGGGUCUGUGGAGUCCCUCCUGAAGAGGCUGGGGGGCCCCCCUCCCUGGCCCCUGGCCUUCCCGUCUGGCUCAUCAGAAAUGCAGCAUUUUGGAUUGGUUGAAGACUGCACACUGCCGGACUGGUCUGUCAUUGGAUCUGGGGGUUUCGGACAGAUCUAUAAGGCCAAACACAAAGAUUUGGGGAUGGAGGUGGCAAUCAAACUAUUGAAUUAUGAUGAUGGUUCCAGUGCAUCUCUGCUGAAGGAGGCUGAGUUCAUGCGGCAGGGUGGGAGCCCGUAUGUGGUGCGUAUUUUUGGGGUGUACCGGGGUGUUCCCCCCGGCAGGGGGCUCUCGUGCCAGAUGGGCCUGGUGAUGGAGCUGAUGGAGAGGGGGUCUGUGGAGUCCCUCCUGAAGAGGCUGAGGGGCCCCCCUCCCUGGCCCCUGGCCUUCCGCCUGGCUCAUCAGGUGGCUCUUGGCAUGAACUUCCUGCACAAGCUUUGCCCCCCACUGCUGCACCUCGACCUCAAGCCCAGCAACGUGCUGCUGGACCACGGCUUCGGAGCAAAGAUCACAGAUUUUGGUCUGGCCCGAGUGAUGCGCAGUAUUUCCAGUGUGGGGGAGCGGGGGGAGGACGGGGGCACGCUGCCCUACAUGCCCCCCGAAGCCUUCGCCUCUGACUGGGCCUACAAAGCCACGCCCGCCUCUGACUCCUACAGUUAUGCCAUCCUGCUCUCGUCUAUAAUCACUGGUAGGAAGCCCUAUGGUGAUGCUGCGUUAGGCAGGAUCCGGUUUCGGGUCCCAGAGGGGUACAGGCCCAGUCUGGAGGGGGUGAACAGGGCAGCAGUUGAGGGUUUGGGGGAGAUCAUUGACCUCAUGGAGAGAUGCUGGGACCCCAGCCCCCAAAAACGCCCCUCUUUCCAUGACUGCCUCCCAGUGACAGAGAAGGUGUUUGAGCUGCACAGCCGUGGAAUUCAUGAUGCCAUCCACCAGGUGUCCAAAGCACUGUUUGAAAUAUGGCUGAUUCCAGAAAAGUCCAACCUGAAGGAGCUUAAUAACAAUGGGCCCGUGGCCCUCACAUGA